AUGUCUUCCAGCCGAAAGAUCACCUCCGCUGAGAAGGCACAAUACAUCCAAGCGCUUCGAUCUCACCAGUUCAACACCAUCGUUGAACUCGUCCGUGUCGAGCAGGCUUUUGCAAAGCUCGGUACACCGGACUGCAGUGAGCCGAUGACGGCGGCUUGGAAGUACUACGUCGAGUCGCAUGGCCUGUUGACCGAACUUCGUGGAUUGACUAGGAACUAUCCUUUCAGUUCUGACUGCCUAGACGAAGCAAAGCGACGUGUCUACGCCGACCCUGCAAGCAACCGCUCAUGGAACUUGUGUUGGUUGGUUCUGAACAAGAUACAAACUGAUCAGCUACUGCCGUACUAUGCGCGUUACCAGGCGUCUCAGCCAGCUAUGUGGGCGGGUCAGACCCCUUCUGCUGAUCAGAUCACGCAGCUCACGAAUGCUUUCGUUAAUGAAUGGAAUUGGGCACUUGGUCAGAUGUUGGGGCGUUGGACACAGCCGCCGGCGCGAUGA